UAUUUCAUUCUUCGACUACAAUAUGGCAUUUUUUAUUGUGGUAAAAAUAAUACUUGUAACGUUGAUUGCAUAUGGGGAUUUUUCAGAAGAUAAAACUUGCGGAACUUCACUGAAAAAGGACAUCGAAUGGAAUAAUCUUCCAGCGGGUCCUUAUUAUGAUGUUCUGGAUAUACCUAAAUCAGCGAUACCAAUCGGCUGCUGGAAUAUACAGAAUAUUACCGAAGAAAAAGAUCGCGUGGUUUUAGAUAUGACAACAUUUUCAAACAGGGAACUCAGUAGAUUACCUAUUCGCGAGGAGUUUUUCCGUACAAACAAAAUUGGUGUUUACAAGAUGAAUAGAUUAAGUGGGAUCGAACUGGGAACGGCGUUACACCAUUUCAAUGAUGAUAGUAGCGUCGGAAUACGGAAGCUUGCUGAUGCGGAGGCUGCAGAUGUUGCUCGACACGAAUUCAUAUUUCUGACUGACUAUAAGACUUAUUUCAUGUUCGUUGGAUGCGAAGAAGAAGAUUGGAUGGCGUACGUAAAAGCGACCACUCCACAAAUCACCGUCAGCCAAUUGAAUCACAUAUCGAAUGCACUAGUGGAGAAUGGUUUGAAAGCACCGGUGAUGGUUUUGAAAAAUGAGUGUGUGAAUGGCGGCAAGCCGGGGAAUAGAGUUGUUAUUGUGUAAAAA